AUGCCUAUUGACAACGAUAUAGUUGAGAAACGAGUUUAUGACAUUCUCAGCGGCGAAAACCCAGACAUCAAGGAGAGUGGGUAUGAAGAGGCGAAAGCCUUUGUCAAGGCUGAGCUCAUUAAAAAUAAAUCCAUCCCAUUCACAUAUUGGCUUGAGCAGCCUUGCCCUGCACAUCGUGAUACCAAAGGCGAAACCGCACCCUGCGUAACCUUUAGGCGCGGGCUUCACGACUAUAUGAUGGCAGCCAGUGGUGGAUAUGCGGACCGUCAACAGUUGAUGAAAGACUUGGGAUUUAUUAACACAGGAGGAUAUUCAGCAUCUCAGUGUCUGAGAAUAGGGCAUAUGAGUGCCGGGGAGAUACCAACACACGUGUGGUCCCCCUGGUAUCCGGACCGUGGAUUAACCAUCUUUGAACGACCUGACACUUCUGGAAACACCGCAUCUGAGCAAGCUUUCCAAAAGGCUACCAGUUGGUUUCGUGAAUGCAACGAUACACACUCAAGUUGCUCGCUUGGAGAAGUUUCAGAAAUGCCCGAACGAGUUCUCGAUAUCUUUGCUGAAGAUACCAUCUCUGGUGUCAAGUUGAUUCACACAAACGGCCAAAAAGCAAGAUAUGCUUGUCUAAGUCACCGCUGGGGAAAAGAUACUUCUCAGACAAUAGGAAUGAACAUCAAUUCCUUGUGCAAGGAGGUUCCAUGGGAUUACCUUUCGCCCACGUACCAAGAUUCUAUAACCUUUCUGCGAAAGUUUUCGAAAUGGCACCAGGAAGAGUAUGGAGAGCCUAUACGCUACAUUUGGAUCGACAGUUUGUGCAUCGUACAGGACUCCAAGAGUGAUUGGGAGAAGCACUCUCUCAAAAUGAGCGACAUCUAUUCUAAUUCCUCAAUUACUUUAGUAGAAAGCCACGAGCUGGACACUGCAAAGAGAUUGUUCCAGGAUUCUUCCUUUAGGGAUAUUUCGAAGCCGGUUUCUAUUAGAGAUGCACAAGGCAACAACCAUGAACUACAUUUCCGAAAGCCAAUUCAUCAUCCCACCUACAUGAUCAACGAUGGUAGCGUCCCCGUCUGGAAAAGAGCAUGGGUGUUCCAGGAACGACUUCUCUCACACCGUCUCCUUAUUUUCGGACCCGAUGAGCUCUCAUGGCAAUGUGCCAGCCACCACAGAUGUGAAUGUGGCCUCGAUGAAUCUGAGUCGCAGACUGUGAAGCUCAUGAAAGAAUGGGGGGAUAAUAUUUACGUACCAGAACGCUCAGCCGGCAGCAGGAGAGAUAUGCAACAACUUCUUGGUGAUAACCCCUCUCACAGCCAACUUCGUCGCGCGUGGAGACACGUCAUCGAAGCAUACUCUCAGCUCGACUACACAUAUCGCAGCGAUACUCUAUACGCUAUAGCCGGCCUUGCAAAGAACUUUAACUCAAGAUUAGGCAGCAAGGAUUAUUUCGCAGGAAUCUGGUAUGAAGAAUACCAAGAGGGCGAAACAGAAGAUUUUCAACCACAAGCUGAGACAGCGCUGGAUCUACUGUGGAGAUUGACAUACUUCAAAGACGCCGAGAGAAAGGACUUGCCAGAGCCUGCUGUGCCUAUUUCAUGGAGCUGGGCCUACCCCGAGUGCGCAGUCACGUAUCCGUUUGUAAACGAUGAAGCGACUAACCAAUUCUCGCUGGUAGCUUCUAUUGGCGGCGCUCAGAAUGUUCCAAAAUUGCCCGACGAUCAUGACAAGCCGCGGGACUGGGUGAAAGACGACAUGUAUACGGAGGUGCCUCCUUCGGCAAUUGUCAUUAUUGGGCCUAUUUGGAAGACAAAAAUGACUGCAACAGCGUUCUCAUUCACAAUCAGCAAUACAGAGUAUCCGGAAUACACCUACUAUUUGGGAGCCAUGUCAGCUAGUAUACUCCAGGAAAGCGCUGUUGGGAGAGAGAUUGUCCAAAGGAGGAUCCUUCUCAUGCCCCCUCAAGAGGAAGAUGAAAGCGACGAAUCUGCCCUUCAGAAGAUGCCUCCCUUGGUCUUUUACCCGGAUAGCAUGCAUGACGUUAUCACCGAGUCGCUUUACUGCCUUCCUAUAGCGAGUUUCAAGCGCCUACCAAUUAAGAGCACUGUGAAGGAAAAGACGGUAUUUGCAGCUCUGGUUCUCGAACCUGUGGGACACAAGGCAACUACUGAGGGCUACGAUCCGGAUCUAUCUCAUAGAGACGUUUCGGAAUUGGUGUUUCGAAGGGUUGGGUUGGCAUAUACGACAGAUGGGGGCUGGACUGAUCAGCAUGAUAAGCUUUUGGAAAAGUGUCCUGUAAAUCCUGUCUAUCUAGUGCGGUAA